AGGCAGGCUAUCCCGCGACAGACGCUCACACACAUCUGUAAUAACACAGACUGUGACAGGCACACACUCACAAACCCAGGGGCGGAGGACCGCGCUGCUCGACAUGCCUGUGCGACAGAAAGAUGCCCGGCGAGCCCUGGAGCUUCUCCAGCAGUACCGGGCCAAGCUUGAUCAGAGACAGCAGAACCAGGGCCGGUCCAAAGAGGGCUUUGUGGAAGAAGACCAACAGCUGAGACAAUCUCUGGACAGAGUCAUCACGGUCUUCCAAAGUCAGCUGUUCAGCGCUCUGCUCGAUAUUCAGGAGUACUACGAGUUUACCAUCCUCUCAGACAGCAAGUCUUCUCCCGAACAAUCAGACGGUCCCUUAAGCCUCCCGCCCUCUAGUAACCUGCCACCAGAGCUCUCAGCCGAGCCUCAGCCACAGCUUACCACCAGUCCCCUGAGUGCUCAGGCUACUGGAGGAUCAUCACCGCCCAAACCCCUGACUCCUAAACCCAGGUCAAUCAAAUCCCCUGCUCCCCCAAUCCCAUCCACAGCGCCCACAGCGCCCACAUCAAAGCCGUCCUCUCCUUUGACUCCGUCCGUUUCUCCUCACUCACAGUCAGCCAAAACCAAGUAUCGAGCUCCUCUUCCUCCUGUCCAGCCUGGAGCCUCUCAACAAUCUUCAUCAGAGACUCCAAAGCCGACCUCUCCGUCUGCUACAUCUCAUGGAGUCAGACUGAAUGGUGUAGAAACCUCCACGGACUCUAUAAAAACACCUCCCGGGGUAUCAGUGAAUGGAGCAAAGCCUCGCCUUGCUGUCACCAUCUCUGAUGUCUCUACUGAAAGCUCCACCACCUCUGCCAGUCCACAAAGCCGUCCUCUCUCUGCAGAUCUCAACCUGGUGACCGUGUCAGCCCUCGUCUCCAGCUCCGUCCAAGGUAUCGUGUCCCCAGAAAAACCAAGACGCACCAGUGCUGCUUCACCAAGCACCAGCCCCGGUCUCAAGGUAUCGGAUACUGCCAUCAUCUCAACAGCUACCAGUAAAGACCCAGGAUCAGGCAAAGUCACUACCAGCACGAGUCCAAACAGCCCCAACCAAAAAUUCACCUUCAGCACGCGCAGCAACACAGUCCCUCCAGGGCCUUCUGCUAAGGGCCCUCUUCUGAGUCCAACCAGCCCAGAGGGAGUAAAAGUCACCUCCACUAGUCCAAGUCCAGGUCCAUCCAGCCCCAGGUCACCUACCAGCCCCCUGACUCCCAACAAGGCCAACCCCCCUCCAGUGGUGGUCAACACCGACAGCGUCGACACCCCCCCAUAUGCCAAUGGAACAGAAGCAGACUAUGAGUAUGAGGAAAUCACGCUGGAGCGGGGUAACUCAGGUCUGGGGUUCAGCAUCGCAGGAGGGACUGACAAUCCUCACAUCGGAGAGGACCCAUCUAUCUUCAUCACCAAGAUUAUACCUGGAGGGGCUGCAGCCCAGAAUGGACGACUCAGGGUGAAUGACUGUAUAGUCCGGGUGAAUGAGGCAGACGUCAGGGAGGUGACCCACAGUGGGGCUGUGGAGGCGCUGAAGGAUGCAGGAGGUCUGGUCCGACUGUGUAUACGACGCAGGAGGAGCCUCACGGAGAGAAUCAUGGAUAUCAAGCUGGUCAAAGGACCCAAAGGUUUAGGAUUCAGUAUAGCCGGUGGAGUUGGAAACCAACACGUCCCGGGCGACAACGGCAUCUACGUGACUAAAGUCAUCGAGGGAGGGGCUGCACACAAAGAUGGACGGCUACAGAUCGGGGACAAACUUGUGGCUGUAAAUGCCUCCUGUUUAGAGGAGGUCACCCAUGAGGAGGCGGUGGCUGCACUGAAGUCCACUCCUGACGUUGUUUACCUGCGCGUGGCCAAACACACCUCCCUUUUUAUCAACGACAACUUCCCGCCACCUGACGUCACCAACUCGUAUUCCCCACAUCAAGACAACCAUAUAAGCCCCUACAUGAGUGGCAGCCAAUCAGUGAGUCCUGCUCCAUUGACCACGCCCAGAUACUCGCCGUUGCCCAGGGCCAUGGCUGGAGACGACGAUAUCCCCAGGGAUCCCAGGCGGGUGGUGCUCCAGCGGGGUUCCACAGGUCUUGGUUUUAACAUUGUUGGAGGAGAGGAUGGAGAGGGGAUCUUCAUCUCCUUCAUUCUUGCUGGUGGUCCAGCGGAUCUUUGCGGGGAGCUACGGAAGGGAGACCGCAUCCUGUCGGUGAAUGGGGUGGACCUGUCCAGUGCAACACAUGAGCAGGCAGCUGCAGCUCUGAAGAACGCAGGACAGAACGUUACUAUUGUAGCACAGUACAGACCUGAGGAGUACAGCCGUUUCGAGGCAAAGAUCCAUGACCUGAGGGAACAGAUGAUGACCAGCAGUGUCAGCUCCAGCUCCACGUCGCUCCGGUCCACACAGAAACGCACACUCUACGUCAGAGCGCUAUUCGACUACGAUGGAAGUACAACGGAUCUGACCACGGCCAAUCAGAUCCUCUCAUUUCACUUUGGGGAUAUCCUUCAUGUGAGCAGUGCGGGCGAAGAAGAGUGGUGGCCCGCCCGUCACCUCAGCCCACCGCCUCCAAACUGCCCCGAGGUCGGAGUCAUCCCCAGCCGCAGGAGGGCAGAGAAGAAGGAGAGGUCGAGGUUAAAGACGGUCAGAGUGUCGAGGGCUCAGGACAGAUCAGAUCAGGAUGACAAAGAGCUGGUAACCUCUGGCACCAGCGAUAGUGAGAGUAGUUCCUCUGGCCAGGAGGAGACCUUACUCACCUACCAACCUGUCAUGCAGCAGGAAGUUAAUUACACGCGGCCAGUCAUCGUGCUUGGACCAAUGAAAGAUCGGGUCAAUGAUGACCUCAUCUCUGAGUUCCCUGACAAGUUUGGCUCCUGCGUCCCACACACAACACGGCCGCGGCGAGACUACGAAGUGGACGGCAGAGAUUAUCACUUCAUGUCCUCCAGAGAGCUCAUGGAGAGAGAGAUCCAGGAACACAAGUUCAUCGAGGCAGGACAGUAUAACAACCACCUGUAUGGAACCAGCAUACAGUCUGUGAAAGAAGUCGCUGAAAAGGGCAAACACUGCAUACUGGAUGUAUCAGGGAAUGCCAUAAAGCGUCUCCAGAUUGCUGGCCUCCAUCCCAUCGCUGUCUUCAUUAGACCACGCAACGUAGACAAUAUCCUAGAGAUGAACAAGCGUCUCACUGAGGAGCAGGCGAGGAAGACCUUCGACAGAGCCAUCAAACUGGAGCAGGAGUUCACAGAGUUCUUCACCGCUAUAGUUCACGGUGUGUCUCUAGAGGAGGUGUAUUCGCAGGUGAAGCAGAUCAUCGAGGAGCAGUCCGGUCCUUACAUCUGGGUGCCCACCAAGGAGCGACUCUGAAUAAACACAUGACAUGCUCACACACAUCACUCUGUAACACUUCCUACUUCUUGAAUUUUCUAUUAUCAGCCUGCUUCCUCUCUCUCUCUCUCUCUCUCUCUCUCUCUCUCUCUCUCUCUCUCUCUCUCUCUCUCUCUCUCUCUCUAUCUCUCUCUUUCUCUCUCUCUCCGUCUUUACACACAUCACUGCGGUACACACACACACACACACACACACACACACACACACACACACACACACACACACACACACACACACACAUGCAUACAUACAUUUACACAAGCACAUAAAGUCUGAUGAGGCUGGGACUAUCUGGGACUGCCACUUCCUGAAGUAGGAGGGGCUAAAGUCUGUCCAGCAGCCUAUUGGUGGAUCUUCCUACAGCUGGGUUCCUUAAUGUUUAAGGAGGUGGUUCAAAUCAAGGCGACAUGUACCAUUAUCUGAUUUGAUUUCAUUAUUGUUCUUCUUAUUGUUGUUGUCGUUGUUGUUUUCAUAUUAACGAAGGGUAAUGCAUUCAUGUAUGGGUUUGUAAUGAUAAUAUUGUCACCAAGAGGCAGACUUUUGCACGCUGUAGCUUUAAGAGCAUGUUUUUGGGACAAAACCUUGAUCUCCCUCCCCGUCUGUCCAUCUCUCUUCAUGACAUCACUCCUGUUUGGAGUUUCUUCUCCUUCUUUUUUCUUCUCUUUUCUAACUUUCUCUCACAUCCCAUCCUUCUCUCCCUCUUAAGUCCAAAGACCUUCUAGAUAGGAGGUGAAGAUUUGAUUAUAAGCCCCAGUAUUUUGGUGAAGGGCCAAAAUGAAAGUGUAUUACAAUAAGUUUUUAGAGGUGUAGCAAGAGGUGUACAAUACUUGUUGUACUUUGCUGUAAGUACUCAAUGAAAUAGAGUGAAAAUUGAUUGAUUUAUAUAGAUAAAGUAUUUAAUGCACAUUGGAUGUCCAAAGAUGAAUAAAUAAACAGAAAGGCUUGAUAAAAGUUUUAGAGUUCAAAUACAACUCUUGGCUUGUAUUUAUCAAACCCAGAUUUGACUGAAGAAACAACUUAACAGUGAGAAAUGUGUUUAAAGCAAUCAUGAGGAGUUAAUCAGAAACAGUCUUCAGAAGAUUGUUCCAGACUAUCAUAAUCAUCUUUAUUGACCAGUUAUGUAUGCAAAUCAUAGGCUGUUUAAAACAUUGACAUGUUCCCAGGGACAUCACCUGCUGGUACAUUGAGAGAGGUUAUUAAACCGAACAAUUACAGUCGCCAUGUUGGAAAUGCUGACUUAGCGUAGUUUUCUAUCCAUCUAGAAGAAGGGCACAGUGGUGGAUCUGAGGCCUGUAGCUUCCUGGCAAACAGCUUCCAAGUGACCACCUGCUAUUUAUGGAAACCACACCCCUGAUUAUGACUCAGUAUUUAAUAUUUGUCUCCUUAAUCUCGUUAAAGCAGAUUUGUAAAACAUUUGCAUUCUGACCAAACCCUUGUUUUGUACCAAACAUGUUUAUUUCUGCUAUAGAAACAGGCUUUUUAAUAUGGGCUCUAAUGGGAAUUCCUCAGCUUUUUCAUCUAUCCUCAAGUAGGCACUUGAGGAACUGCAGUGUGUUGCACUUCCGCAUUGACUUAGUUUUCCACAACAAAGGUUGCUGACUGAUGCAAGUACCAUUGAUUUGACUCUGUUGUUGUUACUCGCAGUGUUCUGGCAGAAGAAAAAACGUGUGCUAAAAAAACCCACUAGAAGUAAGGAAAAUGUAGCAAAUCGACGUAUUAUUUUUGAAAAAACAGAUGCAGAUACAUGACAGCCUAACGUGGAAACAAACCACAAACUAGUUUUAAAGUAAAUAACGCUGAAGUAAAAAAGACUCAUACGAGAGAGACUAAGACAUAGAGCUAAUCUAGUGAAGAUAAUAGGGACGUAUGAUAUCGACUAUUCUUAUUGUUUGUAUGCUGAUACCAGCAGAAAGAUGAAAAGGAAAAAAGGGAGGGAAACAGUUUUAAUGUAUUCAAUUAAAUGAGCUUAGAAUGACUGUCAUUUGAAAAGAACAUUGUUUUAGAUUUGAUUGAUACUGUUUUGUGCAAUACUUCAAAAAUAUUUGUAAAUCUUGGUGAAUUUUAUCUAAAAAAUACUAUUUACAGGUUUUGUUUAUUUGACAAGUGGACAGAAAAGUUCAGGAUUUAUGUCUCUAUCUAGUUUGAUAAAUACAGGCCAAGACUCUCAUAUUGAAAUAAUAUAGGUCUGUAAAACCCAAAGUCUCUACCAUAGGCUUCUCUGCCUCCUUCUCCUCUUCUUCCUCUCAUGCCUUCAUCUCUCUCCUCCUCUUGUUCUCCACGUUCACAGUGUGACAUGAGUUGAGCACUCCAGCAUUAAUCAGUGUAUCAUCUUCAUCUUCAUCUUCAUCAACACUAUCAUCACGAUCAUAAUCAUCAGCAUCAUCUUUGUAGCUUCCCGUCUUAUUGUAGUUGCACUAAUGAGGGCUGCUUUCUAAAAUGCAUCUUAGCAUGAUGAGUCUGACACGAGCCCAGCGUCUUCUGAUGUUUGGAUUUUCCUUCAGGCGUCAGAAAUGAAACACAGGUUUUGAAAGAGCUAAAGAUGUUGACACUUUUCAGAAAAGGUAAAAUGUGUUGCAGUAAUCUUUUCGCUGUAUGUCAUGCUUUUGUUGCGUAGUUAAGGACAUCGGAUGAACACCUUCAGUUUACGCUACUUUCAGGGCUUACAAGCUAAUGUCCAACAUUAGCUCUGCGUUACCAACAAUUUUUUGAAUGCUGCAUUUAUAAAUUUGAGCCUCAAGUAUGCAUGAAUACCACCUGAAACUAGCUCCAUUUGUGACCUCAGGUCUUCGAACCUCACUCCACAAUGCUGGCACACAAUGGACAGCCAAAGUCUUAUACUUUUAUGUGUUAUUUAUCGUAUCUUCAGAUAUAUUUUCUUGAUCCUUUAAUUGCUAUAGUCUGCCAAAAAGAAUAAAUAUAUUAGAGUAAUGUUGAAUCCAACAUUUCCAUGGCCAAGGCUAGCUCCUGCUGCCACCUGCAAAGUGGACCUAAAAGUCCACCUGCAAAGUGGUCCUGCAAAGUGGUCCUGCAAAGUGGACCUAAAAGUAUUAAUGAAGCUUUUGGAAUUUUAAAAGGAGAUGCAUUUACAGGAUGAUGCCGUUAUUUUGAAGCACUUUACAAGAAGUACAGCUUGCUACUUCACAGUGCAAGAAGUCAAAGACAGUGGUUCUUAAAAAAAUGCCCCUUGCUUUGUACAUCUGUUGACUCUGGCAGUCUUUCCUAAGUCUUUGUUACUAAAAGCAGAGAGGAGAAGGUAGCUUUCUGCAAAACAAGAGCACGUCACAGUUAAAAAUGUGUAUUGUAGUCAAGCUCUAGCAUAGAUAUGCACUACAGCUGUCCUGCUGCUUUUAUCUGGCUGGUUCAUAAGCCAUGCUUUCAGACACCCAAUAGUGCAAUGAGCCGUGUUUUCGUGUUUGUAUAAUGCAUGAGCACAUGGACACCCAAAGGCAGCUUCAUUCAUAGCUUUGCGUUGGUUUCACAUUGUGCCGCUGAUCGUCAGAUUUGGCAGGCGAUCAGCAGUGAAUGUAACUUUUAUCUGUUUACAAAAAGUCUGAAGGAAUGAGAGAUGAAAUAGAUGGUUGAGCCUCAGACAGAAGUUUUAUAUUUAUGGGAAGAUCUCAGACAUCAGUGAUAUCAAGAAAAUACCUUUGAAAAGUGAAACAUUUCCUAACAACUUGUUCUGGUCCAUACAGCAAAGAUUGAGGAACAGUCCUCUGAAUCUGCAGCUAAUAGUUUCGCUGCCCUGUUGCAACUGUCCUGAGCCUAUACCCUUUAGGAGUUGAGCUCAAAAACAGUGAGGUCACAAAUGCAGCUAGCCUGAAACAUGACACUAAUCUCUGUUGUCAAGCGUAACAUUUGUAAUAUCAAGAUGCUUUUGGUAACACAGCCCCUGUAUGGACCUUGUCAGCCACCCACUUCUCUCAUCUCCACUCAAACCCCCGAGGCAACUCCUCCAAGCUGACUGGAGAACAGAGCCAUAUGGAGACACGGUUCUGUCAAAAGUGUAGCUCCCAGAUCCAAAUAAUAAACCACUUUGACUACAUGUGUUUUGAAAGCUUCGAUAUUCCGUCACAGAAUCUUCAGCUACGUUAUUUCUUUCCACGUAUACUCCUCUAUGAAUCAAGUAAACCAGUGUCGUCUUCAUUGACAGAACUGGACUCUCUGUACGACUCUGGCUGUGUGUUUUAGCCAGGGGACCAUGCCACUGUCUGUUAGAGUAAAGCACCGAUGCAAAGAAUCUAUAACAGAGAUGGAUCUAUAUCUAACAUAUUAUAAUAUUUAUCCCUGCUCUAACUGCCUAUUUUGGUACAAAAAAAAUAAAAGUCUUUAUUGAGAUUUACUGAAGU